UGUGCUUUAUUGAAAUCAAGUUAAAGAAUGCCGUUGUAAGCUAAAGGUUCUGCCUGGUAUAGAAAAUUUAGAUGGACAUGUAAGACCUAACUUUCAAUUCAUUUCUGAUUCGCGAUUGCUGUUUUAUCUUUUAAGGAAGGUUUGACCUGAAUUUCUUGGACUUUUCAUUUCUUAGACGGAGUUAUCCUUGAGCUUGAAGCUAAACCAAUUCAUCAUGCAGGGUUACGAUAUACGGUAAAAGCAAAAUCAUUGCCUUAAAACCAAAUGUUCAGUUUUCCUUGUCGCCUCUCAGAUCUCAACUAUCAAAUCUACGAAGUGUUUGAUUGUCUGGACUCAUCAGGUUGCUUGGUGAACUUAAUUGGACAAUGGACCUUGAGCCAAGGAAUGAAGUUCCUGGAACUGGACAACACAAUCUGGAACAGGAGAACCAAUCUCCGAGGCAAGCCAAUCACUGUCACGUCUGAGACUAGCCUUCCUUAUAGCUUGGUGAUCCAUGAACCAGCUUUGGCCACGAAUAAUGUAGAUGAAAUACUGUUCGGUGUCUAUCCUGAUAUUUUAAGGGAACUUCAGGUUAUCCUGAAUUUCACCCUUUGUUUCCAACACAACAAGGACUCUGGCAAAUGGGGAACUCUGGACCAUAACGGCUUGUGGAACGGCAUGGUGAGGAUGAUUCUGGAGCAAGAGGCCGAAAUGGCCGUGUCCAACUUUGCCAUGACUUUGGAAAGAAGCGACGUGGUGGAUUUUUCAAUCACCUUUGAUUCAGAUGUGUCAAAGCUGUUUGUCCAACGGCCUCGACGAGACCAGUCUUGGAGUCUUUUCUUGGAGGUGUUCGACAUCUGGUUUUGGCUUUCCAUCUUGCUCACGGCUAUCGUGUUGGUCUUGGCUUUUAAGGUGACAUUUCUCAUCAAAUCCAACGAAGAUGGAGCCCCAUUCAUCAUGGCUAACGUUACAUUGGCUCUCUUACAAAAAAAUCUUUUCAUCCAACCCUCAGGCUCCACUUGUCGCCUUUUGAUCUUGGUCUCUUGUUUCUGGGGCUUUGUCACUCAUGCAUCCUACAAUGCGACCCUCACGUCGGUUUUGAGCGUGGAUCGAACACUGCCAAAAAUCGAGAAAUUGGAGGACAUCCAAAAGCAAGGCCUCAACCUUAUGGUAUGGUCGGGAUCUGCUUCAGAACAAUACUUCUCUUCAUCAACAAUGGGAACACUGGAGCAUGAUCUAUAUAAGAACAACUUGCGCCCCGUGGUUGACCUCCAAUCUGGCCUCCAGAUGAUACUGAGCUCAGAUCGGAAUGUCUACUUUGGAACUCGCAGAGCAUUCCUGGGCAUCAUCUUUGAGACCGAUCUUAAGCAAAUGUGUAACGUCAUCUCCCCGUCGACCUCAUUCAAAGAGAACUCUAUGGGCUUCAUUUGGAAGAAGAGGUUUCCAUACUCGAAAGUCUUCAAUUACCACCUAAGAACUAUGUUUCAAAGUGGAGUUAUUGAUCAGAUCUUCAAGCGUUGGAUGCCCGAUGUCAUAGGACAAGCCAAUUGCAAGGAAGACGAGGGCUUGACUAUUGGAUAUGAACAGUUGGGGGGUAUCUUCUUAGUUUUGGGAGGCUCUUGUAUUUUAGCUGUCUUAGUUUGUUUUUUUGAAAACUUCCUUACCUAUUGGGUGACACUGAAAAGAAUGAAUAACGUCACGUAAUAG